GACAGCCGCGUUUUUCGGGCUUCACCCCCAAUCCGGAAUCCGAGCUCGCCUCGGCUCAUUCUGGCUCAAUGUAGGGCGGCGACCAUGCCUCGUGACGAUGAUUUUGAAGAUGACUUCGAGGACAACUCGAGGGACUUCGAGGAGGAAGGCUUCGAGGACGAAGGCUUCGAGGAUGACGCUGGGAGCGGUCUCGGGAGCGAGGGCGACUACAGUGAGGCGGAGAAGGAGGGCGACGACCAGACGGCCCGGCAGACAGGCAUGCCGCACGAGGAGUACUCCAUGGACUUAGAUGCGGAGGCUGACGCGUCUGACGCAGAUGCCCCGGCUAAUGCGCCAGAGACGGACAAUCCCGACACGCCUGCGCCAGCCGAUGCUCAUGCGUACUCAGAUGCGGAGGCUGAUGCUUAUGCUGAUGCUUACGAGGACGAGGCCGACGAGCCUUCGAAGGCCCGCCAUGGCGGCAUGGCGCGGCAUGAGACGGAGGAUUUUUCCAUGGAUGACUUCGACCCGGAAGAUGCAGACGCGUCAAAUGCAAACGCGCAUGCGACGGACAGGCCCGCAUCCAUGCCAGCUGCAGAUGCUGAAGCCGACGCCGACGCCGCUGAGUACGAGGAGGAGGCCGAAGACACAGCCGAGCGGCACAAUGCCGGCAACAGCCACCUCCAGCGACUCGAGACAGAGGAUUAUUCCAUGGCAGAUAUGGAUGAGUCAGAAGUAGACGCUGAGGCGUCAAUGCAGGCGCAAGCGACGGACAAGCCCGCAUCCAUGCCAGCUGCAGACGCCGAAGCGGACGCCGAGGCCGCUGAGUACGAGGAGGAGACCGAAGACACAACCGAGCGGCACAAUGCCGGCAACAGCCACCUCAAGCGUCUCGAGACGGAGGAUUAUUCCAUGGCAGAUAUGGAUGAGUCAGAAGUAGACGCUGAGGCGUCAAUGCAGGCGCAAGCGACGGACAGGCACGCAUCCAUGGAUGCUGAAGCCGACGCCGACGCCUCUGAGUACGAGGAGGAGGCCGAAGACACAGCCGAGCGGCACAAUGCCGGCCACAGCCGCCUCAAGCGUCUCGAGACAGAGGAGUACUUCCUGGAUGAAGAGGCAGACGCAGCGCCGCUGGGUUCCACCCAAAAGCUGCCGGAGGAGGCCGCUGAAGGCAGCCUUGGAAACGAGGACCUCCUGGAGGCGGUGCAGCGGUUCCGGGCCGGGCGCUUCGCCGAGGCCUCGGAGUUGGCGCGGAAGGCCGUGGAGAACUGCCAGGGUGCUCUAGGUGCUGAGUCGCCGCCGGAAACCGAGGGCGACGCAGAGGCCGAUGCGUGGCGCGCUGCCAUGGACCGCCUGGCGGGCGCCCACGAGGCCUGCGGGGACGUGGAGCGCGCGGAGGCGCUGUACCUGCGGAUGCUGGCCUGGCGCGAGGGCGCCGAGCAGGUGGAGGCGGGGAACUGCAAAGUGGGCGAGACCCUCUUCAAGAAGAGCUGUCACUACAGGUCUGUGGAAGAUGCCACUUGGUUCCUCCACACGCUGCGCCCAGACGACGGCCAUGCCGGUGCAGAGGCGGUGGCCUUGCUGGCGCUGGGGGAGGAAGUGGCGGCCAAGGCCGCCGUGGCCGUUUGGACCUUGGCACUGCGGGCCUCUCAAAGAGAGCAGCUCACGCAGUGCGGCGCUGUGGAACUCAUGGCCAAGGCCUUGGCUUUCCACCCGGGGCCUGAGCUGCAAGCCGCGGGCUGCGGGGUGCUGCGGCUCCUGUGCAGCGGCCAUAGGUUAGCGGCCCAGAACCGGCGCAUGCUGAUCUCGCGCCUCGGGGGCGCGGAGUCCGUGACCAAUGCCAUGCGGGCGCACCCCCAGGACAUGGAGGUCAUGCGGGAGGCCUGCGGUGCCCUGAGGGCCAUGGCUCACAAGAACCCGGCGGGGGCGCGCCGCAUCAUUGACAACGACGGGUUCAAGCUGUGCAUGGAGGCCAUCGAGAGCCCGGAUGAGGCAGUGGCCGGUGCUGCCUGCAAGGCGAUUGCCGCCAUGCAGUGUGCCGCUCAGGCCGGCUUCAAGGGCAACGAGGCCCAGGCGGAGAAUGUUCAGGCGGUUUGGGAGGCGAAGCUUCGGGAGAACCGCGAGGUGGGACUGCGGAGCUGCCAAGAGAAGCUGAAGGGGCAUCUCCAAAGCCGGAACCGGGUGGCGCUGGAGGCGGUGCUGGCCAUCAGCAGCACCUUCAUGGAAGACCUGGUGAGGUACAAGUUCAUGGGCAUGGUGUCUUCGGUGGUGGCCUGCAUGCAGAUGUUCCCAACCGAGAAGAUCCAGGUCCCGGCGUGCAAGAUCUUGUUCCGCCUGACCUCCAACGAGAGCCUCAGCCACGAGCACGAGGAAGCCAUCCAGAAGUUGGCCAAGUGCAACGGCAUAGGUCCGGUGGUGCAGGCCAUGAAGGACCUGCCCUGUCACGCGCCGUUGCAACGCUUGGCUAUCGGCGCGGUGCGGAACUUCGUGCAGGCGGGGGACAUGAACAAAACCUGCGCCGCGCGGGCCGGCGGAAUUCCUGCCACCAUCACAGCCAUGCAGCGCUUCCCGAAGGAUGUGGAGCUGCAGGAGCUGGCAGUGUCCUGCCUCACGAACCUCUGCGACACGCUGGGCCGGGCGGCCGUGGCGGCACGGCUAGGCGCCAUCGAGAACAUCCUCGCGGCGAUGAAGAGCACACUUGGUGAUGGGGAUGGGCGCUUGACCGAGCUCAGCUGCAUCAUUUUGUGCAUGUUCAGCGACGACCAGAAGCUCCGGCAGCACAUCUUGAAGGCUGGGGCCACCGCUGCGGCGAAGCAGGUCAUCAGCCGCGCGAAGAACGCGGAUGCGCAGCGCUGGGGCUGCGAGCUGCUGAGGAAUCUGGACCAGAGCCUGUGAGGGUGCAGCUUCACUGCAUGUUCGACCUGUGCCGUGUUUCACUCAGAUCAGAAGGGGCAGGCCGUUGUUUCACCUCAGUCUCACAAAUGCCUUAUUUGGGCAGUUUGCGGCGAAUAUUUGAUUGGUUUGUUUGCCUGUCC